AUGUGCUCUGGAGUGAGUGAGUUGUGCGUACUUGAUGCUCGGGACGGUCGCAACUUCGUGCCUGGUCUUAUUGAGUCUAUCGAACGGCCGCCAGGAGGGAGAAGUCGAGGGUCAGCUGCAUCCAUGAUGGAAUCCGCUUACCACAGGGCGUGCGACAGCUGCAGGAAUCGGAAGGCAAAAUGUUCCGGGGAGAAGGAGGGUUGUUCUCGUUGCCGCUCAUUUUCGCAACACUGCGUUUAUUCGGCAAAGAAGACCCUAGGUCGGCCUAGGAAGCAAGGCGCUGCUCAAGCUGUCCGUCGCUACGAGCCUUCAUCCAUUGCCGAAAGCUCUGAAUCAUCCUUCAGCACUCCGCCUCUAACUGAAUGUGCCGAUUAUCCUGGAAAUUCAACCAUGUCGGGAUGGUCAGAUCCAUUUACCAAUGCGGGACUAGGAGCUCCUCCCUCCAUGGACGACAGAUCUACUCCCAGUCACCAAGACCAUGGCCACGAAACCCGUGUAUCACUAGAGCCUCGAAUUGCCCUGGACAGAACUUCCGAGCGAUUACAGUCGGCAGGAAAACCAUCUGAGGCCCAGCAGGCCCGCACACAAUGUUCCUGUUACAGUCGAGGGCAUAGUAUCAUCGCCGACCUCGCACAGGACCGUGGUGCAUUCUAUGCGGUCAACAAAUCCAGAGAAGCUCUUCAAAUCGCCGGGGCGCUACUUUCUUGUGAAUAUUGUUACAAUCUGGAAAGCCUACCCUCGAGAGCCUGCCAAAACGUACUGCUGAUCGGCCAUCUUCUUUCCUCGAUCGCCUUUUCGUGUUCCACGGCAUGGCAUCUCGUCAGACCGACAACAAGUGACUCGACACCUGUCCACUUGCCCAGAUGUACUCUUGUGCAUGAAGACUCUACGACUUCACCACCGCAAUCAAUGUUAUUGACCGACUCGGAAUGUACCGAAAUCAUUCAGGUUUGUAUCCGACGAACAGCAGGAGAUCUCCAACAACUCUGUGAUGGCUUCGAAACAAGACAGUUUCGCCGACAUAGGCUUGGCCAUGAACUCUGCAGUCUGACAAGUAUAUGUGUUUCUGGCAGAGCUUCGAAGGACCACGUAUUGGACGGAUGCUCUGCGCAGAAGGAAAUGAAGAAGCAAUUCCCUUGCUUCAAAUCAGUCGAACAGGUCAAAUCGGCUGUAGAUGCUCUGUAUCAGACUAUGGAGGACCCAGACACGGUCCAGUAUUGA